AUGGACGCAAAGGUCGACUUUUCGGUUCCAACUUACGCCGACCAAUAUUAUGGAGAGUUCCAAGCACUCUGCCCUAACGAUAGAGAAGUGCUCUACAACCACUUUCUGGCGACUGCGAAACUGAGAUUGGAAAACAAACCACAUUGGUGGCCAAGCGCCGUUGAUUGGAAUUUUAUUAAUGACGAGGUUUUGGCUGCUGUGAAAUCGAGACUGGAAGAGGAACCUAGGUGGUGGCCCACUAGCGUUGAAUGGGGCUUCAAAGACGCCUCAGGUAUGCAAGAAUCCGAGAAAUCCGAAGUCCUAGCAUGCGUUAUGAGAAACUAUGACCACCAGGACCUUGCGAGAAUACUCGACAAAGUUAGCGGGGAGCUUUAUACAACAAAUUGUUUCACAAUCGUCGACCGAUUAUUCGCAAUUGGGAAGUCUCAAUCUAACAAAUCCCAAGAGAUCUUGAGUACGGUCCAGAACAGAGAGAUCGUUACCAGUUUGCUGAUGACUCCUUGUUAG